CCUGCCUGGACAGAUCGCCGAGCUCCCCGGAACCGAAGCUCCUGCUUCCAAUGGUAAUCUCACCAUCGCAGGACUUGCCGGGCAGCUUGACGCACGAAAAUGGCGGACCGUUACUUUCCGAACAAACUGCCGAUCGUCGCGGAACCGGCAGCUGAAGAAGCUGCAGCAGCAGCAGCAGCCGCAGCCUCAGCCGCAGCCGCCGGAGGUGGCGGAGACUCGCUCUCUCAGCUACUGCAUCUCCCUUACAAGACUCUGUCGGAGAGGCUGAAAGCAGUGGCGUUGGAUCUCAAAGACACGGUGGUGAGGCAGACGUGGGGGGUGAGUGGCAGAAGGUUGCAGGACUAUAGUCUGUACACCGGCGCCCUCGGGACGGCUUAUCUCGUCUUCAAAGCUUAUGAGAUUACCCGUAAUGAGAAUGAUCUCAAGCUGUGCUCAGAAAUAGUCAGAGCUUGUGAUUCUGCUUCUCGUAGCAGCAGGCGAGUGACAUUCAUAUGUGGUCAGGCUGGAGUUUUUGCUCUUGGCGCUGUUGUGGCAAAGCAUGCUGGAGAUGACCGGCUGCUCAAUCACUACUUGACCCAAUUCAGAGAGAUACGACUUCCCAGAGACUUGCCGAAUGAGCUUCUGUAUGGGCGGGCUGGCUUCUUGUGGGCUUGCUCAUUCUUAAACAAGCAUAUCGGUAAAGAUACAAUAUCAACAGCUCACAUGAGACCUGUUGUCAAUGAUAUAAUAAAGAUGGGGAGACAACUGGCCAAGAACGAGAAAUGCCCGUUGAUGUAUGAAUGGCAUGGGAAGAAGUAUUGGGGCGCAGCCCAUGGGUUGGCAGGGAUUAUGCAUAUCUUGAUGCACAUGGAACUGAAACCUGACGAGGUGGAGGAUGUCAAGGGUACACUCAGGUACAUGGUAAAGAAUCGUUUUCCAAGUGGUAAUUAUCCCUCCAGUGAAGGAAGCGAGAACGAUCGUCUUGUUCACUGGUGCCAUGGUGCUCCAGGGGUUGCACUUACACUCGUAAAAGCUGCUGAGGUUUUCGGGAGCAAGGAGUUUUUGCAAGCUGCUAUGGAGGCAGGAGAGGUGGUGUGGAAUCGAGGCCUCCUCAAGCGGGUCGGGAUCUGCCAUGGUAUCAGUGGAAACACCUAUGUGUUCCACUCCCUGUAUCGGCUGACAGGCAAUGCAGAGUAUUUGUAUCGUGCCAAAGCUUUCGCCUGCUUCCUUCAUGACAGAGCCCUGGGGCUCAUAUCAGAGGGGAAGAUGCAUGGAGGAGAUCGACCUUAUUCUAUGUUCGAAGGCAUUGGGGGAAUGGCUUUCCUCUUUAUGGAUAUGAUUGACCCAUCCAAGGCUAGGUUCCCAGGCUAUGAAAUCUGAUCAGGUUGUGACCGAUGCUCUUGAGGCAUAAUUUACUUUAGAGUGGAUAUAAUGUACAGUAGUUCGACCGAAAUGUGGGUGUGUCUAGUGACUUAGAUGAACGAAAGCGAGAUGUUUCCAAUCUCCAACGUUUGAUAAAAUCCAAUAAGAAUGUGUUUGACAUGGAAAAGCAGGAACAUUUGAAACUGAAUGGCCA